CCGUCAGCGGAAGUGCCCCGGCCUCUUCCUCCUCUCGGCCGGGCUGCUGCGUCUUCCUUCCGGCUCGCCGAAGAAAGUUGAGGGAGGUUCAGCGGCUUCUGGGCUUUGACACAAUGGACAGCCAGGGAAGGAAAGUGGUGGUCUGCGACAACGGGACCGGGUUUGUCAAGUGCGGCUAUGCAGGCUCCAACUUCCCCGAGCACAUCUUCCCUGCACUGGUUGGAAGACCCAUCAUUCGCUCAACGGCCAAAGUGGGAAACAUUGAGAUCAAGGACCUGAUGGUCGGGGACGAGGCCAGCGAGCUGCGCUCCAUGCUGGAGGUCAACUACCCCAUGGAGAACGGCAUCGUCAGGAACUGGGAUGACAUGAAGCACCUGUGGGACUACACCUUCGGCCCGGAGAAGCUCAACAUCGAGUCCCGCAACUGCAAGAUCCUGCUCACAGAGCCCCCCAUGAACCCGACCAAGAACCGCGAGAAAAUCAUCGAGGUGAUGUUUGAGACCUACCAGUUUUCAGGAGUGUACAUCGCUAUUCAAGCCGUGCUGACACUGUAUGCCCAAGGUCUCCUGACAGGGGUGGUGGUGGACUCGGGUGACGGUGUGACCCACAUCUGUCCGGUGUAUGAAGGAUUCAGCCUGCCCCACCUGACCAGACGCCUGGACAUCGCAGGCAGGGACAUCACCCGCUACCUCAUCAAGCUGCUGUUGUUGAGGGGCUACGCCUUCAACCACUCCGCGGACUUCGAGACGGUGCGCAUGAUGAAGGAGAAGCUUUGCUACGUGGGCUACAACAUCGAGCAGGAGCAGAAGCUGGCGCUGGAGACCACUGUGCUGGUGGAGUCAUACACGCUGCCAGAUGGUCGUGUGAUCAAGGUGGGAGGAGAACGCUUUGAGGCGCCCGAGGCUCUGUUCCAGCCACACCUCAUCAACGUGGAGGGCGUCGGGGUGGCCGAGCUGCUCUUCAACACCAUCCACGCAGCCGACAUAGACACCAGGCCUGAGUUCUACAAGCACAUCGUGUUGUCCGGAGGAUCCACCAUGUACCCCGGCCUCCCCUCUCGGCUGGAGAGGGAACUCAAGCAGCUGUACCUGGAGCGCGUCCUCAAGGGAGACGUGGACAAGCUCUCGAAAUUCAAGAUCCGCAUCGAGGACCCUCCCAGGCGAAAGCACAUGGUGUUCCUGGGCGGAGCCGUGCUGGCCGACAUCAUGAAGGACAAGGACAACUUCUGGCUGACCCGCGAGGAGUACGAGGAGAAGGGCGUCCGCGUGCUGGAGAAACUUGGCGUCACCGUCAGAUAAAGCCCUGAACGGACAAACCAGGCAAACACACACACGCAUACACACACACACACACUCGCACGCAUACACAACAUGCACACAUUCCCCUCCUUGCCCCCCCUCGCAGAGUAUAUAUCUAUUUAUCCCUCUUUCUUUCUCUUUCGGCUCUCGAGGCUCCUCAGACAUCAGAGAGACUCGAGCCCCCCCCCCCCCCCUCUCUCUCUCUCCACUCGGCCUCUAUUCUCUCCUGUUUUGGGAUUGGUUCACACUUUUCCUCGCACACACUUUACCUUAACUAGGACUAGAAGGGUUAAUGUGGCCCUGCUGAUAAUCGAGGUUAAACCCAGCGUGGAACCUGCAGAUUGGUUUCAUCUGAAUUCAAUUCGAUAAGUGCUCCAGAUAUUCAGAGAGUUUCCUCCCUGAAGAAACGUCCGGAGGAUCAAUCGAUGCAGAGUUUCUCACCAACUCGUGUGUGUGUGUGUAGAAUCACAGUCAGACACACACAGCCGCGUGCAGCAUCUGUUCCAGGCGAGCGAGAACUGAUCAUAGUUUUCUGUCGGUUUUUAUAAAUGAAAUCAUGACUUUUCUGUUCUGGGAGAGGGAUUCCUCUGUUUGCUUUUCCUUUUCCUGUCGGAUGUACGAGCUCAUUUAUAUCUUUAAUUCUGGUUUACUUUUCCUUUUCUUGCUGUGCACUACUACCAUUGUAAAUGGAGUGUAUAGUGAUAACAGAAGUUCCUCCAUGUUUUUAUGAAGAAGAAAUUGACGGUUGAUUUAAUAAAAAAGGGACAAAUACACGAAGUAGAGCCCCCCCCCCCUGAGGUUGUGCGACGGUACAUUAUGAGUCUGUGGUCGAUAAGAAGAUGAAGAUAGGAUGUGUGGAGGGGGGGGGGCGUUGACUAUUUGUUCCUCAUCAGACCGACUCGCCUCCUCCUCUUCUCCGGGUUCAGAUCCCCGGAGCUCGGAGGCAGUCGCCGGCCGACGUGAGAUCGAUUUGAAUCUGAACCGAGAAACUGGGAAAAUGAAACGGUAUUUUUGUUUUUCUAUCCUGAAGUUGAAAUGCUGUCGAGAGCAUAUUUAAUUUCUCCAGUCUUUCACUCCCAGCGGUCGACUUGAUGAUUCCUGGAGGCACUUCUAUUUUGAGUAUGAUGAAUAUGUAUAUUUUUUUUCCUCUUUCCAUGAACGUCUAUCCAGUGCCAAGUGCAGUUAAUGUUAACUGGAUCUCGUGUUUUAAUGUCUUUCUUUUGUCACGUUUUUGUUUUUAUUUUUCCUGUGUUGUUCAUAGCAUAACUGCCUAACGCUGAUUUAAAUAAAGGAAAGUGAUUUAUAAGGAU